AUGACUGAGAUAGACGACUCGCACCUCUCUGUGCGCUUCAGACAUGGGGUGCAUACAAUCUACCUCUUUGUCGAAUCGCAGGCUCCCUUUUCAGACAUUAGUACUGAACUCGCGGAUCUUCUACGCGAUCGCUAUCCGGGCGGGCUGACUACCAGUAUCGAGCCACCCACGACUACGGACAUCCCCUCACAGCCCAGGUUUGUCUAUGGCCUUUUGAACAAGCACGACGAUCCCUCCCAAGGCUGGAAACGCUUGAAUGUUGGAUCAGAUGAGGCUUUCACGCCGACAAAAUGCGGUCUGAAGCACAACAGUGUCAUUGCUUUCAUGCUGAUAGACGAAAGCGACGACCCGGAUGACGUCGUCUUUCAGGUGGAAUGGCCUGAGGAAGACGAGGGAGUGUACGAGCAGGAGCUAAUAUAG